GAGAGUUGUUUGGGUGACAGGGUGUUUUAAACUUUUCUUUCCCCUUGCUUCUUUCUUGUGUCGUUACUUGGGCCUUUUCAUCUUCGUUUUUCUUGCCUUCCGUUGGAGAUGGAGCAUUUGCCACCGGUAUGGCAGAUGUUGAGGCGAGACAGAAUCUGCUUCCCCAGAAAGGAGGUAUGUGAAGAGUCUUUGUUCUCUGGGAUUGAGAUGGUGAGUGUGGGAGUCAGCACAGAGCCCUGCCAUGCUUGGUGGGAGGUAGAGACAGAUGAAGUUGUUCUACAGCGGCGGCAAAAACAGAUAGAUUAUGGCAAGCGCACACCUGGUUACCAGUGUUUCCUGCAGCAGGUCCCCAAGGCAAAGCGACAGCCAGGACUUCACCCUCAAACACCAAAUAAGAACAGGAGGUACAGCCGUCGCUCGUGGGAUGCCCAAAUCAGGCAGUGGAGAAGAGCUCUACAUUCUUGGGACCCCCCCAGCCAGCUUCUGCAGGGCAGGGGGGCUGAGGGGCAGGGGAUGGACCAUCUCUUAGAGUCAAUGGGUUCCACCCCUUUGGAUGACCUUUUGGAUGACUGGUUCCAGGCCCUGGAACCCUCAACGAAUCUGGAUGGAGACCAGAAGGGAGCCCAGUUUGCAGACUUGGUGGCUCCUGCCUACUCCCUUCCCUGGCUCUGUGAGGAAGAUCCCCACCACUGGUGCUACUUUGUAGCUGACAGUUACAUAUCUGUCCUAGACUUGAGUGGGGCACAAAAUAUUUAGAGAAAACAGACGUCUUUCAAGGGACUUGCUGCUAAGUUGUAAUAGUGUAAUAGUUGUAAUAGUGAAGAUUAUUUG